AUGAUCAUGCGAGGUGGAACCCGAUAUGCUCCUGUCUGGGGUGCUACAGACUGUUUUCAGAAAGACGUUUACGCUCUUUGUGGCAGAGAAUGUGUGGACUGCACGAACGAACACCCUGACUGUCCCGACGGGUGGGAACUCGACCACGAAGGUUGGUGUUACAGAAUGUCUCCAGACAGAAAGAAUUGGAAGGACGCAGUGAAAGAUUGUGCCUCUCGAGGAGGGGAACUUGCUCAUGCAGAUUCAUUUACUUACGAUCAUCUGAUCCGCGAUGUCCAAGCUCACAAUUACAUAGAUCGUUGGGGAGCUACAAAAGCCCCAGGCUUAUGGAUCGGCGUUGGCUGGGAUAUCAAGUAUGGAAAUGGGUGGCUCUACACAAACGGAACAAAAAUCAAGUGGCAUAACUUUCUUCGUGAUUUACCUGAUAAUCUCUAUGCAAACGGCGAGUUCUGCGUCGAGCUUAGAGGUGAACGACCGCUUUAUGAGGUUCCUCUGGCCGAGCAUGCGAAGCUAAAAUAUUACCCGCACUGGAAUGACGCGAUCUGCUCGGAUGAAAAGCACUAUGUCUGUCGAAAACGAAAAGACGCACCAGACGAUCCUCUUCCUGAACCUGAUCUUCACAUGUUUUCCAGCUUCAAGAUGACAAGCGUCAACAUGUUUCUUCUUCUUCCUGCUCUAUAUACUGUUUUAGGCCAAUAA